AUGCGAUUCCUCCUUCUCCAAAGCUUCGCUACGGCGAUCGCUGCCCUUGCCGUCAAGCAGCCCUCCAAGAUGACCCCAGGUGCUGUUUCUGCCGAUCUGAGCCGUGUUAUCUCAGCUGCAUCGAAGGCAGGUGUUGAGCUUAGAGCAAGAUGGAGUCUGGUUGGCGCACCGAGCCCGGCAGUCGUUGUGAGCGUCACAACUGAAAGUGAUGUCGCUUCGGUGGUCAAAUACUGCACAGAGAAGCGCGUCCCGUUUGUCGCCCAGAAUGGCGGUAAUGGUUGGGCGACGACGUUCAAUCUUGGGGAGACUGGAGUGCUCAUCAACAUGGCUGGCUUGAAUGCCAUCACGUUUAAUCAGGACAAGACACAAGCAACAAUUGGUGGUGGUGCCGUCAUUGGCAAUGUUAUUCCUGCCGCAAAUGCAGCUGGCGCUUUGGUCAUUACUGGCAACUGCAAUUGCGUUGGUGCAGUGUCGGCGAUGUUAGGAGGCGGAUAUGGAAACAUCAUGGGCGAGGUUGGCUUCGGCGUCGACAACAUCGUCUCCAUGCGUGUCGUUCUUGCCAGCGGCGAGAUCGUUACAGUCUCCCCAACAUCGAACCCAGACCUCUUCUGGGCCAUGCGUGGAGCCGGGCCAAACUUCGGCAUCGUCAUCUCAGUCACCAUCAAAUCGCAGCCAGCCACAGAACAAGACCGGACCGCUUACAUCAACAACCUCUUCUUUAGCCCCGACCAAAUCGAGACAGUCGCGCAAACCAUGCAAGACCUCCCUCUCACCCCCGAACAACGCGUCUACCUCGUGCUCACCAGCUCCGGCCCACCUCUCAAUGAGCCCUCAAUCCUCAUCACCGGCUUCCUGCGCAAAGGAACCGAAGAGGAAGGUCGCAAAGCUUUCGCUCCCUUCUACGAACUCGGCCCAGUAUCUGCUUCCAGCGCAGUAACCCAAUACCUAGACUGGAACGACUCCAACGACGGCUUCUGCGCCCGCGGCGACCGCAAGCCCGCAUACAGCACCACCAUCAACAACAUGCAAGCGCAGAAGUGGCCUGAGAUUUGGGAACUGUACAAGGGCUUCCAGGCUAAGGGACCGAACUCCGCAGUGCUGAUCGAGCGGUACAAUUUGACCAAGGCCAACGCUGCGCCUACCGGCUCCGCAGCCAUGAACGAGAAACUGCGCACCGAGGCGUUCGCGCAGGCGAUUGUUAUUCCGUGGUAUACAGAUGCGGCGCUGGAUGGUGAGGCGGAGACGUUUGCGAGUGAGGUAAGGGCGUUGUGGAGUUAUAAUGCUGAUGCGAAGAAAAAUCCUGCGUAA